AUGUCGGAUCAGCAGGGACAUGUUCAUAAGGAAGAAAGGAAGAAAAAAGGAGAGAAGAGGGAUUGGUCGAGUCGGAGGAGAGGGACACGACAAGAACGUGAACAACCUAUAAACGACGAGGAAGUAGAUGGAGAUGAUAAAGAUAGGACUUCGACACCGAGAUUACCGAAACGGCUAUGUGCAUUGCUCAUUGGGUUUUGUGGAUCUGGGUAUAAGGGUAUGCAGAUCCAACCUAGUGAGAAGACGAUUGAAGGUGUGCUUUUCAAGGCACUUGUGAAUGCUGGUGCGGUGUCGAAGGAUAAUGCGGACGAUCCUGUCAAGGUAGGCCUGCAACGCGCCGCACGCACAGAUGCAGGUGUGCAUGCUGCAGGGAACGUUGUCUCUAUGAAGAUUAUUACGCACGUACCUGGAAUUCCUGACCUUGUGCAGAGGAUCAACGAGGAGCUACCGCCUGAGAUUCGAUUAUGGUCUUUUCAACGAGUGCAGAAUUCGUUCAACGCGCGAAUUCGUAGAUACACCUACUUCUUCCCUUCCUACCUCCUCAUCCCUCCCAAGCCUACGAGCGCAUUCUACCAAUCUUUCAUUCGCCAAUCUUCCUCCACCUCGUCCCCUUCUGCCUCUAGCUCUACCAUCCAAGUCGAUCCAUUCUGGGAAAACGCCCCACCCGAAGUGACACGAGAAGAAGAAAUGGUACGCAAAAAGUCGUGGAGAGUGGGCAAGGAGAAGAUCGAAGCGUUGAGGGAAGCUGCGAAGCACUUUGAAGGGACGCAUAAUUUUCAUAACUUUACCGUAGGGAGGGAUACGAAGGAUAGGAGUUGUUUUAGGCAUAUGAAGAAGAUCGAGGUUGCAGACCCUGUCGUUUAUGGCGAGACUGAGUGGAUUAGUGUUAUGCUUCACGGACAAAGCUUCAUGCUACAUCAGGUAGGCGGACUCCAGCGAAAAAUGAUGUGUGUCCUCGUCAUGUCAGUCCGAACAGGGACACCCAGUAAUAUUAUCAAUGCUCUUUUCGGUCCACUAAACGUCGUCAUCCCCAAAAUGCCCUCCCUCGGACUCUUGCUCGAAAAUCCAAUCUUCGAGUCGUACAGCAAACGCGUAGAAACCGUAAACUCACAGAAAAAGUUUGACGUGGAACACACAGACUACCGCGCUCCGAUUGAUUUCGAUAAACACGCGGAGGAGAUGCAGAAGUUCAAGGAAGAGCAUAUAUACUCUCGGAUGCGAGAGAAUGAGGAGAAAUUGCAGGUGUUUGACCGAUGGCAAAGCAUCUUCGAUCAUUACAACGGAAACGACCUCCUUUAUUAUAAUACACAAGGGAUCAUUCCCAGCGCAGCCGUCGUCAAAAAGGGCGAGAGUCGUCCAAAUCCGUUCAGAGAGCGGAAACGUUUUGACGCAACAGAUUUUGCACCUGAUGCACCUGCGACUGUGCUUGCUGAAGAGGACGCUGAGGAAGAAGAAGCGGAGAGAGAAGAGAAGAUGAAUAAGAAGGAGUUGGAAGAAGCAGAAGGAUAA